UCAAGCAAUCAUGAUUUUUGUUGGUGUUUCAUCAUUUUCGUCUUGACCGUCGCGUCGCCAUCUAUCUCAGGCCUCAUCGAAGACAACUCUCACCUGCAUCAACCACGUGUCCAACGAGAUGAACUGCCUCCGCCAGGCCAACCGACGACUCAUUCAAAUCAACAAAGCGCUUGCACUACUGCCGCCGAUAGAACAGUCAUUACUCGCAAUCCCCGCUCUCUCGCAUACCCACCUUACGCCCAGAACAUGCAUCGCACAUGCCUCUAGCUCCUCGACACGGUGGAAGACACGCCAGACGAAAGACCACUUUGCUCGAGAAGCCAAGGUCGCCGGUCUGAAGUCACGCGCCGCUUUCAAACUGCUAGAGCUGGACUCGAAGCACCACAUCUUUCGCAAGGGCGGCACUGUCGUAGAUCUGGGCUAUGCGCCUGGUAGCUGGAGUCAGGUUGCUGUCAGCAGAACGAGUCCAGGUGGCAGAGUUCUGGGCAUCGACAUCAUCCCUGCACAACCGCCGCGAGGUGCGUCAAGCAUUCAAGGCAAUUUCUUGAGUCCAGAAGUGCAGGCUGAGGUGAGGAGAUAUGUGCGAGAUCCUGCAUUGGGUCGAGCGAGGGCAAGAGUGACCAUGUCAAAGAAAGGCGAAACCGAGGCCGAGGAAGAGGAUGGUGCGACGGAAGAGGAGGUUGAAAGCGAAGGACGCGGUGUGCUACGAAUGGCUCAAGAAACAAAGACGAAAGAGAACGAGCAACCCGACCAACAGGAACAACAACCAGACGAAGAGGCGGAGCAAGAGGAAGCACAACUCAGCGUGCGGAAAAAGGAUCUUCGCGACGGAAGAGUUGUCGAUGUUGUGCUAAGUGACAUGUCAGCACCCUGGGAGCAGACGACCGGUCACUGGAUCAGGAGCGUUAGUAACCCGUAUUUCAGGAUGAUGAACACGAGCGGCACCGCCUUUCGUGAUCACGCUGGCAGCAUGGAUCUCUGCAAUGCUGCCUUGACUUUCUGCUACGACACCCUCCGCACCGGCGGUCACUUCAUGUGUAAAUUCUACCAAGGCUCCGAAGACAAGGCUUUUGAAAAUCGACUCAAGAAGUUGUUCGACAAAGUCCACAAAGAGAAGCCCGAGUCUUCGCGCAAGGAGAGUAAAGAGGCCUAUUUUGUUGCAUUGAGGAGGAAGCCUGAUAUUCCUAGAGAAUUGGUGUUCCCUGACGAAUAUAUCGAGGAGAACGAGUUUCCGGAAUGAAGAAAAACACUUCAUUUGCUGUCGAUACCCCUUUUAUGAACUCGCAACUCCACCAUCAACACCUUCAAGUGACGACUCGUGAACUCGCUCUCAGCGGACAUGCACACAAAUACCAAAAACAUCGUGCCUUUUGACGGGUGGUUUGGAAGGCACGUCGGGGGAGGCUGGGAGCUCAAUUUGAACCCAGCAAUGAUCAGUGCACGAGGCAAAGACGAAACAAAAAAGGCGAAACGCCAUGGCGAGCGGACGAGUUGAACGACCAUAACUCUUCUUCUACCUAAACAUCGACACGUUUAGUUACAAGCAGAGAAACUCGCCAAAUCAACAUGUGAAGAUGCUAUGACUCACGAAGAUCACAUUAACGCUUACAGGUACUCUUGGUAAUCAAAAAGAGAUGGAGACAGACCUACGAAUUGCUCAAACGGUUCCAAGAU